GGUCGCUUGUAUACAGUAUGAUGAGCACCAGGUAACGCAAUUUAUUUUCUCAUUCCGCCUCCCCCUGGCUAGCUUCCUUCUGAAUUCAAAUAUCCCACCUUCCCACUUCGGUUGCAGAUGCGGCUCACAGCUGAGCUCCCCUGACAUCCCCUCAGGUUCAGUUCAGUUCAGUUCCCCGCCCCCGCCUCACGGUAUCAGGGAUAUGAGCUCGUACCAGCGAAACUAAAGGGAGAGAGACGUCAGUGUUUUCCCCGCCACACGCUGAAGCGAAAAUGAGAAGUUGCGGCAUCGGGGAGGCUGAGCGACUGAAGAAACCAAGCAGUUUGCAGGUAGUGCGUUUGGCCCGGGGCUGGUGCGGUCACCUAUCCCAGGGAUGGGCUUCGCCUGGAGGGGCCAGCGAACUGCACAGGAACUGGAGCCUGGCCCAGAACAGCAAGGAAAAGAGGCGAGAGAAAACCGAGCGGCUGGGCCAGAAGCAGCGCCCGAAACCCUGCCCCAGCCCCAGGGGCGGCGCCAGCAGCGCCGCCACGAUCCUGUACGUGCCCCGAGCUGCCAGGACUUUCUCGGCCGAAGAGGCGCGGGUUGCCAUUCGGCCCGUCCUAGAGGCCAGGCUGAAAGAUGCCAAGUACGAGCCACACGGCUCGGCUCUGGCAGCAGUGGAGCUGGCUGAGUGUGUGAAGAAGGCGGUGAAAGCCCUGGGCUACGAGAGGUACAAGAUCGUCUGCUACGUGGUCCUUGGGGCGACCACAGCUUCGGGUCUGUGCUGUUCUAGCAGAGCAGUGUGGAGUCCCACUGUGGACACGUACGCAGAAGUCUGCUUCCAGAACGACUCGCUGUUCGCUCUCUGCCUGGUAUUCGCUGUGUAUCACGAGUAAUAACAUGCAAAGCUGCUGCUACUCGGGAUCGCCCCCUUGAGCAUUGGCAGAGCCGCUCUUCACCGUGAACACAGAAUCCGAGAGGACAACCUCAGCACCCGAAACAACCUGCAGUAAACUUACCGAUCAGAAAUUAACUUUCUGCCUUUUCUUGCGGAUAUCCAACAUCGCAAGUCAUUUUAUUUUUUUAAAGAAAGAGGACUUUCUCAGCGCCUGUUUACUUUGUUAUAAAUUUCCGACUGGCUUGAAAUGUAACCGCAGACAAUGUGUGAUCACGUUUCGGCGUCUCUUCAACUUGAAGGCGCUCGAGUCUUUCACCCUAAAUCAGGUUUGCUCUCACAGGAGAUUUGUUUUGUUUCUAAAAACCGACACUUUUGCAUUUUGGACUCCAAACCAGUUUGUGUCCUUUAAAGCAGAUAACGUUGUUACAUUUUACUUGUACUAAAUCGGUUGCUGUUAAAAUAUCGAUCUUUUUUGUGGAUUUCUGCCUCACGUUCCGUUCGUUCUCCCAUUUUGUAUAUUAGCUGCAUUGGACACAGAGGAGCUCCCGAUGUAUCUAUCGGCUCUGCUGUUUGCUAACGUUAGUUAUUUAAUUUUGUUUACCGAUAUUUUAGCUGAAGUUAUCGAGGCUUGUAAAUGAAGAAAAUGUUGGGUCUUAAAGGGAAAUUGUAAGGCUUUAAAAUGAGCUUUUUUUUCAAAUGUAAAGGAAAUCGAUUCAUGAUUGUAUAGUUCUUAGAGUUUCUAAACUAAAGAGCGGUAAAACCGACAAGGGGUUCCAUUUCAAUGUAUCAAUUCUCUGUAUCUUCGGCCAGAUGCCGUUGUCUGUCUGCCACAAGCUAUGGGGCAUGUUGGCAGAAGCAUAUCCUUCAACAUUCUUCUUCAGAUCCUUUCCACCUUUCUUUAAAAAUAAAUCACAUUUCAUCCAGA